AUGAGCUCCUCCCUCGAGGCAAAGAUAGUCGUGCUCGGCGCACAAGGCGUCGGCAAAACCUCCCUCGUCCAGCGCUACGUCCGCAACGCCUUCGACCCAUCCACCACAACCUCCACCGUCGGCGCGUCCUUCGUCACAAAGCGCGUCCUCGACACAACAUCCGACACUACCGUCCGUCUCCAAAUCUGGGACACAGCCGGCCAAGAGCGUUUCCGCUCGAUCUCACGCCUCUACUACCGCGGCGCACACGCCUGCCUCCUCUGCUAUGACAUCACCGACGAAAACAGUUUCCAAGAAAUGGCCGGCUGGCUACGCGAGUUGAGACGGAAUAUCGGCGGCGCCGAGGACGAUGCCGAUCCCCUCGUUAUCCACGUCGUCGGGACGAAGAGUGAUAUCGUCGCCGAGGACCCCGGAAAGAGGCGCGUUCCGUUUGAGCGCACGAUCGCGUACGUCGCCGAUCAGUUGUAUCCGAGUCGGGCUUCGACGCCGCCGCCGACCGCUGGCAUGGGCAGUAUGAGCAUGAGUAUGGGGAUGGGCCUUGGGUUUGGGUCUGGUGUUUUUGGAACAGGUGCGGCGGCGCCUGUGGUUAGUCCCGGUGUGUUGCAGAGUCCGGAUAGUAAACGGAGUUCUGCGUUUUGGGGCCAGGAGAUUGGGUGGGAUUGUUGUCAUGAGAUUAGUGCCAAGGAUGGGGAGGGGAUUGAUGAGGUUUUUCGUGUUAUUACGCGGAAGUUGGUUGAGCAGCGGAAUCGACGGGAUGCUGAACUCGCCUUGUCGGCUAUUGGUACACCUGGGAUUGAUGUCCCUAUCGGUCCGUUUACGCCGGGGGUUGUGGAUGGGAAUGGCAGUUUCAGGCUUGGAUAUGGUGAUAAACGACGCAGUUGGUUGGGAUUGGCGACGCCGACUGUCGGUGAAGCCGAGGAGGUACAGGUGAUGAGUACCGCGAAGAAGCGAGGACGGUGUUGUUGA